CACCCCUUUGACCCGCUUAAGGCGAAGGAGAUUCAACAGGCCGCCGAUGUCCUGAUACGCCAUUGUUCUACGGAUGCCGUCAUAUUCCGGGUCAUCACACUUUGGGAGCCUCCUAAGGCCGAGAUGAUCCCCUUUCUCGACAUGGAACAUGAAGGAAAAGAGACGCCGACGCCCCCUCCCCGGCUUGCCAAGGUCCAGGCUCACGUCGGCAACACCUUCUUUGAGUUCAAGGUUGAUCUCGACCGGCAGAGCGUCAUCUCGGAGGAAACACUGGAUGGCCAUCACUCGCAUAUCGAUCCUGACUACACGCGCAAGGCUGAGCUGGCGUGUAUGGCCGACUCUGGCGUUAAGGAGCAGGUCGCCGCUCUCAACCUCCCCGAGGGUGCGACGGUGGUGGUGGAGCCGUGGACGUACGGACCGGACGGCAUGAAUGACAUGUCUAAGCGGAUGACCAUGGCAUUGGCUCAGUGCUGGUUCUACAUGCGCCUCUCCGAUGACCCGGACGCAAACUACUACGCGUACCCCCUUGAUCUAUGCGUAGAGAUGUCAGAGGAGCUCGAGGUCGUCAACAUCUUUCACCUUCCCUCCGGAGAGCACGACCGGAUCAAGACCGGAGGGAAACCUCAGGAGUUCGACCGCGGGAAAAUCCACGAGGGGAGCGAGUACUACCCGACGCUCAACACGGAGCACCGCACCACCACCAAGCCCUACCACGUCUCCCAGCCCGAGGGCCCGUCCUUCUCCAUCGAGGGCAACAAGAUCAGCUGGGAGAAGUGGACGAUGCGGGUCGGGUUCAACUACCGCGAGGGCAUGACGCUGCACGACGUCCGCUUCGACAACCGCAGCUUGUUCUACCGGCUGUCCUUGGCUGAGAUGUUCGUGCCCUACGGCGACCCGCGCACGCCGUACCCGCGCAAGGCGGCCUUCGACCUGGGCAACGACGGGGCCGGGCUCUGCGCCAACAACCUCCAGCUCGGCUGCGACUGCCUCGGCCACAUCAAGUACUUCGACGGCUGGCUGAGCACGCGCUCGGGCACCCCGCUCAAGAUGCCCAACGUCAUCUGCUGCCACGAGAUCGACGACGGCAUCCUCUGGAAGCACACCAACUUCCGCACCGGCCGCGCCGCCGUGACACGGUCGCGCGUGCUCGUGCUCCAAACCGUCAUCACGGCGAGCAACUACGAAUACAUCUUCCUCUUCUACCUCAGCCAAGACGCCUCCCUGCACUACGAAGUCCGCGCCACGGGCAUCCUCUCCACGGCCCCCAUCAACCUCACCACCACCCCACCCCCGCCAUACGGCACCGUCGUCGCCCCGGGCGUCCUGGCGCCCUUCCACCAGCACCUCUUCUGCCUGCGCAUCGACCCCGCCGUCGACGGGCACGCCAACUCCCUCGUCGUCGAGGAGUCCCACCCGCUCCCCAUCAACGACCCUUCCAUACACAACCCGCACGGCGUCGGCUACACCACCCACCAGACCUACGUCGCGCACGAGACGGGGCUCGACCUCGACCACCGCGCCAACCGCGUCUUCAAGAUCGUCAACGAGGCCAAGCGCCACCGGGCCGCCGGCACGCCAGUGGGUGUCAAGCUGCUGCCGUGCUACAGCCAGCCGCUGCUGGCGCACCCGUCGAGCCUGCACGCGCGGCGGUCCGAGUUUGCGGCGCACGCGGUGUGGGUGACGCGCUAUGCGGACGGGGAGGUGUUUCCGGCGGGCAGGUUUACGAUGCAGUCGAAGGGUGGGGAGGGGAUUGCGUCGUGGAUUGAGGGGCGGCGGCGGCGCCGCGGGAGGGUUGACGGAGAUGGAGAGUCGGGGGUGAGGGAUAGGGAUAUUGUUGUCUGGCAUACCUUUGGCUCCACGCACAACCCCCGCGCUGAGGACUGGCCCGUCAUGCCGGUCGAGAAGAUGGUGGUAGGGCUGAAGCCGGUGAACUUUUUUGAGAGAAACCCGGCGCUCGACGUGGCCCCGUCGACGCAGGAGAGGAAUAUGAGUGUGUUGGUGGAGGACGGGGAGGGACAGGGGGGAAAGCAGUGUUGUACGAAGUAGAUAAGGGGGAAUGAAAGGAGAAACAGGCAAUAGUUAGCCCUCGGCUUCAAGAUAAAGUAACCGAGCGAGCUGAGUUUAGGUUGUUGAUAUGGUUACCGGUUCCAGGGGGCCUGCCCCUGAGUGGUGAGUGGCGUCUCGGGGGAUGCCGAGCGGGAAGGAUGAACAUCUCACUGCCCUAACCCUGGCAACGUCCAUACCUUGGUACUUGGUAACUUCCAUCCUUUGUGGUUUUCCACCUUUUUGCGUGCCUUCCUUCCUCUGAACAUGACUCAACAAUUCAAGGCCAUUGAUUAUUCAUGAGACCAAUGCAUCCUGACGGUCUCUUUACACAGUAGAAAUCACCAUCCACCAUCCCCUCUUCCCUCACAUUUCCAG